UGAAAGGCUGUCCCCUGCAGCUCUGUCCAGCAGCUAAGGUCUGAGGAUGUUUCAUGGGCAGUGGGAGACUGUAGAAAAGCAUUCUAGAGUUGGGAUGAUGCAAGUAGAAUAUCCUGUUGUCCUUUCCCAUGGCUCUAACUCCAGUGCUCAGCUCUUUAUAUCUUCCCUUCCAGGCUGAGGACAAGAAAGCUACGCUUCCUGCAGGUCUGUCAGCUGCAGAGAAAGCGGAUGCCCAUGAGGAAGAAGAGCUUCGAGCAGCUGAAGAGCAGCGUAUCCAGUCACUGAUGACCACAAUGACCGCCAUGGCAAAUGAGGAGAGCCGUCUGACUGCCAGCUCCGUGGGCCAGAUCGUGGGCCUCUGCUCUGCUGAGAUCAAGCAAAUUGUGUCCGAGUAUGCAGAGAAGCAGUCUGAGCUGUCAGCGGAAGAAAGUCCUGAAACAUUAGGAACAUCCCAGCUACAUCAUCGAAAAGUUAUCUCCUUGAACAAGCAGAUUCUGCAGAAGACCAAACAUCUGGAAGAGGUUGGUUGUGUGGUUUUGUGUUUGUUUUGCUUUUUAGUAAUUUUAUUCAAGUAAAUUCUUCACAGGAAAGGGAGAAUUUAU